CAAGACCUCUGAAAUGGCUAUGAAGAUUCAGGUAAUUCCCACGCUCUUUUCGAACUCGCCCGCUACUCUUUACACCCAGAAGCUCAAGACCCGAAUCUCAUGCACCGGCGGCAAUGGCAUCAGCGACGCAGCACUGGCAUCAGAGUUUGCGGCAAAGGCCACAAGAAUCAACACCCAUUUGGUGCAAGCAGAGGAAGCCAUGAGGAAGAGCAGAAAGAUCCUCUUCGGAGUACUCAGCGAGUACCUGGGCCUCAAAGAAGACGAGGUUAAACAAAAAUGGAGCAAGAUGGAUGAAGAAGAGAAAUGGGUUUUGGUGAAAGGGUUUGUUGCAGAGUGGGGUUCCCAUUUUCAUCCUUUGUCCGCAAGGUCUACCAAGGAAUUGGUGGAGGAUUAUCUACGACAGGGGAACCCACCUCCCAAUUCUCCUCCUCCUCCUUCUCCUUCUGUUUUGUUUCCUGGACUCAAGAGGAUUAUUGGUUUUUGACACAACACCAUAAUUACUUGGGACUUCAAAGUUCAAAUUGGUUAUUUGUAUUUUUGCUUUUCUUUUACAAAACUAGCUGGAAAAUAAAAUUGAGGUAGUAGGUUUAUUAAUUU